AGCACACGCAACUAUUUUCAGCAUGUCAUGCUUGUUAUGCAUUACUCUUCGUUAGUUCAUGUCAGUCUUGCAAAUGUGUUGUUCUCAAGUAUUAAUAUUAUUCUUUUUAAUUAUAUGAUAGGUUAUUCAUGAAUAUCUUAAUUUAAUCACUGUAUUGUUUAGACGUGAGAAGCAAUGAAGAUGACAACAAUUCUAGCUAAGCAUACUCUUCACAGUGGAAUUUUUCAUCCUGUUUUACGACAGUGGCAAUCACCAAAUGUAGAGAUUACUGUCAAUAAUCUUAUGUAUCCCAUAUUUGUGUCAGAUGACGAAAAUGCAAAAGAAGCUAUUAGUAGCAUGCCUGGUGUAUAUCGUUAUGGGAUUAAGCAAUUAGAAAAGAUGUUGCAACCUUUAGUUGCAAAGGGACUACAGUCUGUAUUGUUAUUUGGUGUAUCACAACAUCUUGAAAAGGAUGAAAUUGGAAGCAAUGCUGACAGUACAAAAAAUCCUAUAAUUCAAGUUGUACCAGUAUUACGUAAGAAGUUUCCUAACUUAUUAAUAGCUUGCGACGUGUGCUUAUGUGCUUAUACAAUUCAUGGACAUUGCGGCAUUCUCAACAAUGAUGGCACCAUAAAUAACACAGCUAGUAUUCAGAGGAUUGCUGAAGUUGCAGUAUCAUAUGCUAAAAUUGGUGCACAAAUUGUUGCACCAUCUGACAUGAUGGAUGGCAGGGUAAGCGCGAUAAAGCAAGGUCUAGCUAAUGCAGGAUACUCAAAUAAAGUAGCAGUUAUGUCAUAUGCUGUAAAGUUUGCGUCAGGACUUUACGGGCCUUUCCGGGAUGCAUCGCAGUCUGCGCCAAAGUUUGGUGAUCGUAAAUGUUAUCAGUUACCUCCUGGUAGUAAUGGAUUGGCAGCAAGAGCUGCUGCAAGAGAUGUUGACGAAGGAGCGGACAUGCUGAUGGUGAAACCAGGAUUGCCUUAUUUAGAUGUGGUGCGACAUACGAAGGACGCACAUCCAGAAUAUCCUAUAUUUGUAUACCAAGUCUCGGGAGAAUACGCUAUGCUGUAUCACGGUGCACAGAACGGCGCAAUCAACUUAGAGAAUGUAUUAAACGAGAUAUUACUGUCUAUGAGAAGAGCAGGCGCUGAUUGUAUUAUAACAUAUUUUACGCCAUUGAUUUUGGAUAUGUUGCAACCAAAAAUACGCAGAUUUUCGCACGAUAGACAAAUCAAGCCGAUAAUAGCAAGUUAUCCGCACUCGAGUCGGUCAGCAAUGUGUAUCGAUUUCAUUCGAUAAGCGGUAGAUAAAGUGUUAAUCUAUUGUCAGAGAUAAUGGGUGGAUAUAUUUAGACUAAAAGGUAAAACAAUUUGUGUGUACGUCGAGAUGGGCAAUCAAGAUAGAGUAAAUCGUUCGAUCUGUGAUUAUUUUUUUCUAAAAUCACAAGAUUUUAACAGAUUUUAAAUUAAUUUUUUAAUACUUAAGAGAUUUGAGUA